ACGUCAGUUAAUGACUGGACUUUGUCCCUGAGAGAGAGUUAAAACUAAAGACAACUGGAGGAAAUUAUUUCCUCCUUGGUCACCCAGCAGGAACGCCUAAAAUGAGUACCUUUGCUGCUCACCUCACUCUUCUCGUCCUCCUUUUUGAAGCCUCAGCCACCAACCCAAGCAUUCCUAAUAACUCUUCAAACAUAACUACUACAACGAUUCCAAAAGAUAGCAACACUUCUACCACCAUAAUACCUUCUACACCUGUUCACUCGAAUGAAACUACAAACAGUACCGUGACUACACCCACCCCUAUAACAGCAUCAGCAAAUGGGACUUCUCUAAUCACAUCAAAUCCAGUUACAGAUCCCUCUGUCACGUCUGCAGGAAAUGAAUCAACCACAAAUGCAAGCACAUCGAUUGUAGUUACCUCUACCAAUACUUCAUCUGUAGGUGGUAACUCAGCCACAACUGUUUCUUCUCUAACAACACACAAUACCAGUAUACUGUUCCCUGUCACAAAUGGGACUGCUUCUUCAGUGACUUCUAGCAACAUCACUUCAUCAGAGACCACCACCCCAAACCCUGGUCCCACAGAGUCCAGCAAUCCUUGCCAAGGGGAUCCUUGUGAAGGUGAUUCUUCAUGUGUUGGUCUGAAUAAUACAUAUUUUUGCCUGUGUCCAGAAGGGUGGUACUAUAAUUCUUCCACAUGCAAUAGAGGAAAGACAUUCCCUGGAGAAAUUACAGUGACCGUACCAGAAAUAUCUGACUUGGAAGAUACAAAUUCUAUGGCCUAUCAAAAAUUACAUAUUGAAAUUACUAAAUUUUUUAAAGAUGCAUUUAACGAUCCUGAUUAUGGACAGACAGUAAUUCUUAAAAUAAACAUACCUUCGGCAAGAUCUGAAAUGCGUGCUAGUGACAAGAGUGUUAAUGUAUCAGUAGUAAACAUUUUUACACCAACUACAGAAGCAAAUGAGACAUCCAUAUCUGACACAAUUUCAAAAGCAAUAAAAAACAACCCAAGUGGCAUUACAGGGUACACUGUGCAGAGUCGGUGUGAUCAUUAUGGCUGUGAAGAGAACGAGCAAGAUGGCUGCAGCAACGGUUUGCUCUGCAAAUGCAAACAGGGGCUGGAAAGACCUUCACCACAGAUCCCCUUAUGUGUCGCUCUUCGUCUACAGUGUCCUGAUACCUGCAAUGCACAGGCCCAUAAACAGUGCUUAGUGGAAACUGACAUGGCCCCGAAAUGCAAGUGCCUGCCAGGCUACCAGGAAGACGAGAGUGGGAUCUGCCAAGAGUGUGCAUUCGGCUACAGCGGUGUUGACUGUGAAGACAAAUUUCAGCUGGUCCUCACCAUCGUGGGCUGCAUUGCUGGCAUCCUCAUUCUCAUCCUGCUGAUCUCAUUGAUUUUUACAGUGAGAUCAAAGAACAAAAAGAAGCCUCUUGAAGAACAGCACUUGAUUGACACUGGCUUUCAAAAUCUGAGACUGCAGCAGAGGACAAAUUUCAACGAUCUAGGAGCCCCGGGGAGCAUCUUCCCUAAAAUCAGGACUACCAACCUCAGGCAGAGUCAGUCUCAGAAUCCCUAUGGAAAUGAGAGAGGGAUGCCCCACCUUGACUAUUAGAAUGGUAAAAAUUUGGAAAUAUCCAUGGCCUUCCACCCAAUGCCUGAGCUUUUCUUUUGAGCAUUUAAAAGACUGAUGGAGAAGGAAGCAGCUGUGAAGGUCUGGCCUUUGGUAUUUAUCUUCCACCCAACAUCUAGCCUCUCGGAAUGAAAGUUGUGUUUGCAAUGAAUACAGCUUGUUUGCUAACCAAGUACCUAUGAAACGAAAUGCACACCGAUGCUAUUAGCACUUGUGAGAUAAUUCAUUUUAUCCAUUCAGUUUUGGAGAAAUGGCUAGGCUUUGGGGUUUUUUUUCCUGGUGGGGUAUAGUAACCAUUUCCAACUUAGAGGAAAGCUCCCAGGAUUGUCCACUCCUGGGAGACCGUGGCCUUGAGUUCAUGGCCUACACGUAAGUGACCUAAGACACAUCAGCUCUUAGGGAGACUUUACACAUCAGCUGUAAAACAGGAAGAGAUACCAUCCUCUACAGUUUUCAGGUUUAUUUUCUGUUAAAAUAGGGAUGCUACUGCACAUGCUACUCAAAUGUCAGGAUUUCAUCCCCCUAAGCUGCCAGGAGCUUUUGACCUGGCCUCACACCAAGAAGACAGAAAAGAGACAUGUCACUCAGCUUUUUUGGGGGGAGCCACUGGGAAUCCAGGGCCCUUUUGAUGUUAAUUAGGAGGCCUGGAUUAGAAAUGUCCACCAUGUACAUUCUAGAGUUUUUGAAGGGCCAGUAGGUGGGAGAGGCAGGGAUUAAAAAACAUGACCAGGAGUAGGAGGAAGAGAGGCAGAAAGAAGCUGGGCUGAGGAUGAGAAGGGAGAGGCACUCAGGACCCCCUGUCAUCCUCAGGUUCCUGUCCUCAAGCAGACAGGCAGUUCCUCUAAAUCAUAGCCUAAGGAAGACUCGGAGCCUAGGCUAAUGUGUGAAGAUAAAACCCUAGGAGUAAGAGCAUGAAGUCACUUUGAAAUUGCAGACAUUCUAUUUGGCUGAUGGUGAGAGAGGAAGCUUGUGCUCUGGAUCCAGAUGUCCAGGCUUGUGAUGCACAUUCCAGAAAUACUUCAUUGUAGCCUCAGCCUUCCUUGGGGACAGAGGUUUAGCAGUGGCCACCAACAUCCCACAGCCAAGAAUGGGGGCAGCUACAUGCAGCACAGGCUUUCUUUAUUGUUAACAGCAUCCUUGUUUAUGUCCAAUGUCUGGUCCCUUUGAAAGUUAUUUUUAUUUGUUAUUGAUAUUAUUUGUUCUUGACUGUUUACUGUAUUAUUUGUUCUUGACUGUUCACUGUAAAAGGUAACAAAUAAAGUGUCUUUGGUAAA